CUCCCCCGCCCUCCCCGCCGGGCCCGCCGCAGCCCGCGGGCGCGGCCAGGAGGCGGCGGGGUCGCGGCUGCCCCGGCUGCCGCCCGGCACUCCACGCCUUUCCGCGGCUCUCCGUCCCCCUCCGGCGAGAUGUUAUGGCCGAGCCGGCGCAGACGGGCGGCGUAGGGCAGGGCGGGCGGCGGGAGGAUGAGGCGGCGGCGGUGGCGGCGCCGCCGGCGGCCGCCGCCCCCAGCUCGGAGGACUACGAGUGCAAGAUCUGCUACAACUAUUUCGACCAGGAGCGGCGGGCGCCCAAGCUGCUGGAGUGCCUGCACACCUUCUGCCAGGAGUGCCUGAGCCAGCUGCACCUGCGCGCCGCGCAGCAUCCCCCUGCCGCCGGCGCCGAGCCGGGCCCGGGGCGCUCUCCCGGCGGCUCGCUGGCCUGCCCGCUCUGCCGCCACCGCACGGCGCUGCCCGACCACCGCGUCCACGGCCUCCCGGUCAACACCAAGCUGGCCGCCGCCUGCCCGCCGCAGCUGCGGGCCCGCGACCCGGUGCCGCAGGACCGCCUGCCGCCGCUGCCGCCCCGCCGCCCGCCCCGCGCCCGGGAGGCGGCGGCCGCGCUGGCCCCGCCGCCCCCCGCCCCCGCCGGGCCGCGCUCCUCGGGCGGCGGCUACGAGAGCUGCCAGAGCUGCAAGCGGGCGGCGCUGAGCGCCGGCUGCGUGUGCGUCGUCGUCUCCUUCCUCUCCAUGGUGGUGCUGCUCUUCACCGGCCUCAUCUUCGUCAACCAGUACGGCGGGGACGCCGCGCCCGGCGCCGCGGCAUCACCGUCGCCGGUGGGGCCCAUCUGCCUGUCGGUCGCCAGCAUCCUCGCCCUCUUCUCCGUGGUCGUCACAUGGCUCAUCUGCUGGCUCAAGUACCGGCCCGAGGCGGCCACCGGCGGGGCCACGGCCAACGGGUCCGCGCGGGGCCGGGCCGCCCGCAGGAGCGACACGUAGCGCCGGGAGCGGGGCCGCGCCGCGCCGGGCUGAGCGCGGCCGCUGCUCCGGGAGCCCCGGCCGGGGGCUGAGCCCCGAGCGGCCGCGGGGCGGGCGGGCCGCGGCCGGGGAGCGCACGGGCUUGGCGGGCUGACAGUGCCAGCGCGGCCGCCGGCCCGAUGUCCCAGCCCGAGGCCGUGGGGAUGGGCUGCAGGGUGACCCGGUGAGGAGUCACGGAGGUCCGGCCGCUCAGGAGGGAGCGCAGGGCCCGCCGUGCCGCAGAGGUGGCUGGAGGGGCCUCCCUGGGGAGCCGGAGAGGUGCGCGGUCCGCGCCUCUGCGGGAGCGCAUCCCGGGUGCUGAGCUCCUGGGCAGAAGGACACGAUCGCGAUUAAAGAAAACUGGCUUACUGUUGCCCCCACCUGGAAGAUAAUUGGAGAGGUUCACUGUGGUUAGGAGCAGAACAGGAACGCGUUGUUAAAUGCGCUUCGUUUUUUCCCUUUUAUGACGUUAACAAGUUAAUAUAUAGAAGAAGCUGUAACAGAAGUGUAUUAUCUUAAGAGACUGAGCCAAAGUUUCCUACAGUGUACUGAGUAUGGUUUCAUUAUAAUUUUAUUAGAAGGCUGUUGAGCCCUCUGACGGUUGCUUAAAAUAAGCUGUAUUAUUUAAUUCUUUGAAAUUCUAAUUUAAUGUGGGAGACUGAAACAUUACAUUGAACACUUAAAACAAUUUAUGGAAGAUUAUUUAAUUAAUGGAGCUCCAAGACAGAGCUAAGAGACUGCUGUCAUAGGGAUUAAUAUUUCACUGGCCAUUGAUUUCAAUUUUUAUGCAGUGAGAGGAGCCCACAUUAAAGUAUGGACUUUUGGCAUCACUGUAAAAGUGAAAUGCGGUAGUGUAAUUUGUGAUUGAAAAUUUGAUCGAGAUAGUUGUAGUAAGGUGGUGGUUUUCCCUUUUGGUAAGUUUGUCUUCUGUCUUGGAAGUUUCUGGAAUGGACAGUAGAAAACGUUUUUAUUCUGUGAGGCUGGGACAUCAAAGGUGUCUUUGAAAUGUGACAAGAUGUUCAUGAUAUGAAAAGGAAAAACAUUGCCAUACAGCUGGUUUUGUAGUAUAUUAAGGAGAGCACUCUAUAUAGAUACUGUUCUGUGUUGCAGGAUAAUUCAUUUGGUGCCUGAAUUUUUUAAACUUAAUUAGUUGUUAUAAUCUAUUCUAUUGGGAAUAAGAUAAUGCUGCUUAUUCCGUGUUUCUACACAGUACUGUAAUGGAAUGAGGUAAUUAUUUUCGUGCUUAACAAUUCGAAAAUUUUAAAAGUGAUCUUUUAGUAUGUGUAUUUUGCAAGCUGUCUGCAUGAUAUUCUGACAAGUAUCCUCUUAAUAGACCUUUACUUGACCACUUCUGUUUAUCACAAGUGCAAAGAAAUUGAUUCUGUAGAAAUGUAAAGGCAGCAGGUGAAGAUGUGUGAUGUGUUUUAUGACUGCACCAGUGAUGUGUGCUGUGCAACGUCUUGAUUAUCACAAAUGUGUGAAAAACAACCCCCUGACACCCAAGAAACCCCACAAACCAAGCAGUAUUUGUAUAGACUCUGAUGAUGGACGCAGUUUGUGGGAACAGCAGAUGAUUUUUGUGUCACUUAUGUCUGUUGAAAAAGAUCCGCACCAGCCUUUUAAAGUUGUAUAUCAUAAUAUAAAGGCCCUGAAGAGAUAAAUUACUGGGAUCAACUGUGGCUCUGACCAAGAUUUGUGUACUUAGACCAGUGUUUUCCAACUUGGAGUUGCUUGUUAGCUGUCUAAAAGGUUAUGCCUCCUAAAAUCAGGCCUGACCAUUAGCCCCUGUUGACUUCAGCAGUAGUUGUAGAUGUUCUGCACCAAAGAAAAUCACGAGACUUUUAUUUAAGCAUCUAAAUGAGAAUUUAGGUGCUUGACUUCAGGUACAAAUAUUUGAAAAUUUGGGCCUUAACCUAUCUGUUCUUCGGUUAAUGCAUCUGUAAAGUUUGAUAAUAGCCUUGACCUACCUCACAGGCAAGAUGUGAGGCUUUAUUUAUUAAUGUUUUUAAGCAAUUGGAGAUCCUUGAAGAGGAGGUGCUAUAGAAGUGAAAGUAUUAUUGUAAAUGAUACUGUAGUAGGAAUAAAUAUAUGUAAAUUAAUGGACAUAAACAGCAGCAAUGUUUUCUAAGAAAAAUAAAUAUAUCAAAUAUGUACAUGUGUACAUCAUAUGCACCAACACAUGAUUUACCUUGUUGUGCUUCUCUGCACACGCAGUGUGUGUAUCUGCAUUUCUGUUCAGCCAGGUCAGCUCCAGCCCCUUGCAGUUCAGGUGAGCCCAGCCAGCAGUCGCUGCUCCAACUCCGUCCUGCAGACACCCAGAGGUGGCUCUGAGUGCUCCUGGAGCUCAGCUGGAGCUCCCUGCAUGGUUCUUUCCUUUACUUUGCCUUAGUCCUGCAGGCUUGGGCUGCAGGGAGCUGCUGGGGUGUGCCGGGGGUGCUGCCAGGGAGCUCCUCCCCUGUGGGAAUGGGUGUAGGAGCUGCUGUCCCACGGAGGCUGUGAUGGAGCUGAAGCACUGGACACAGUAAGAUGUGUGUACUCCAUCGUCUUCUUCACUUGCCACACCAUAGCUUUAUUCUUGCCUUUUCUCUGUAAACAGAAUUUGCCAUUUUGGCUAAACCAAUCGUUUCAACUGGGAUCCAUGGACUACUAAAAGAGCCGUGAAAGGUAAGUAAGAAAGCAAACUGGUCAUCAGAAACUUAAAUCUGUUGUGUGAGGGUCAACCUUAAAGCAUUUAGAGGUUGGCACAUUACAAAAUAUUGACGAUCGCUGGCCUAAACAGGAUUUUCAGGCUUAUUCACAUUGAACGAUCAUAUUGCGUAUCAGGUUCUUACCCAUAUAUUUGAAAAUAUAUCAGAGCCAAAUUAAAAUGGACAGUCUGAUCUUAUGCCAAAUCCUUCUCUCUGCUUACACAAAUUUUGGGAAACUCCACUGGUUUCAGGAGUGUUAGUCUGGAUCCACAUCAUAGUAUCAGUCAGAAUAAAUCAUGCAUUGUAUACAUCUCUGGCUACUGUAGAAUCCCAGUAUUGUAUUUUGGGUUCCUUUGAGUGUACAGAU